CUCUGACGUCGGUGUGCGGGGCCGGGCUGUUGUGGUCCGGCGCUAUGAGCUGCACCAUCGAGAAGAUCCUGACGGACGCCAAGACGCUACUGGAGAGGCUGCGGGAGCACGACGCGGCCGCCGAGUCCCUGGUAGACCAGUCCGCGGCGCUGCACCGGCGAGUGGCCGCCAUGCGGGAAGCGGGCUCGGCGCUUCCCGACCAGUAUCAAGAGGAUACAUCCGACGUGAGAGACAUUGCCAAAUACAAACCUCACAUUCUGCUGUCCCAAGAGAACACACAGAUUAGAGACUUGCAGCAGGAAAAUAGAGAGCUGUGGAUUUCCCUGGAGGAGCACCAGGAUGCUUUAGAACUUAUCAUGAGCAAGUACCGGAAGCAGAUGCUACAGUUAAUGGUUGCUAAGAAAGCAAUGGAUACAGGACCAGUCCUCAGAGCUCACCAGUCUCACUCUGCAGCAAUUGAGAGUCAAAUCGACAGAAUCUGUGAAAUGGGAGAAGUGAUGCGGAAAGCAGUUCAGGUAGAUGAUGACCAGUUUUGUAAGGUGCAAGAAAAGCUAGCCCAACUAGAGCUUGAAAAUAAGGAACUUCGAGAGUUACUGUCCAUCAGCAGUGAGUCUCUUCAGGUCAGAAGGGAGAACUCAGUGGACCUUGCUUCCCAGCCCAUCAAAUAGUGGAUGAAACAUGCCUGAAGAUUGUCUAUCAAGGGAGGAAGGAAGGAAGGGACUGUCUUCCCACUGGAGUACUGUCUGUUCACUGUGUUGCCCUAUACUUGAUUUCAUUUUGCUUCAAAGUAUCAGGUGGCAAUUUAGAGUUCCCAAGUCAAUAUUGGCUAUCCACAAAAGUUUUGGAGUGUAGUAGAAUCUACAGUGAGUCUCACCAUUCUUUUAUCUGAGAAACAACUCAAAUGUUUAUUUCUAGGACCUCAAUUUAUAUAUUAUCUCUAAAGCUGAAUAUUUUUAGUCAUUUUAUUUCAUAUAUAAUUGUAAAAUACACUUACGGGAACUUCUACGAGAUUAACCUUUGUAAAUCUGUUUGGCAUAAAUAUGGAUUUUUUUUGUUGCUUU